AUGGAGACCUUCCUGGGAGAGUUUGAAGAGAGGGUCAAGCGUAUCCUCGAACGACUUCGGAAAAUGCAGAGCGAGAUUGGCUACAUAGUAAGUACUGUCGGGAGGCCAAAGUCAGGACCCUAUCACAACCAAGGUCAUUGGACGGAUGCCAACCAAGGUCGCUCCCGGAAUGGUAUGCAAGACUUCUAUGGAGGUCAUUGUCAUCAAAGACAAGCCAAAAUGAGCCUUACAGUCGCAACAAGAAUAUCAUCACCAACAGCAACAAAGCAAGGCAGUAACAGCUUCUGUAGCAACGACAACGAAAACAACAAUUACAGCAGCAACAUCAUUAGCUACAAUAGUGACUUAAACAGCAGCAACGGUAGCAUCAGCAGCACUAACAACAGUAAAUUCAACAGCAUUACUACCAACAGUAAAUUUAACAGCCUUAAUAUCAACAGUAAAUUCAACAGCAGUAACAACAACAGUAACAGUAAAUCUAACAGCAAAAUCAGCAGCACCAACAGCAAUAACAGCAACUGCAGCAGCGGCGGCACAUCAGCUCGACCGCGACUGGAGGAACCGGGCUAUAAAUCACAUCGCCCGAGUCCGUUAAACCUGACAAGGAGCUGUGAUGGAUGCACCGCGACCCUGGAAGCUAAACGCCUCACAAACCACAAAAACUAA